AUGCAGGGUAUUAUAAAAUUUACCGGCCACGCUGCAGGUUCUGGGAACUACCUUUUACACAUGUCUGAAUUCUACACUCUGUCCACCCCCGAACUCUCCCCCGAGCAGGAGAAGAUCUUUGCUCACGCCAUGUCUCCCUCGUGGUCUCGUGCUUCUACCACUUCGCGCAAGCACGCGAAGGAGCACAAGGCUGAGGCCAAGGCAGACGAGAAAGCCGCCGCUGACCAGCACCACCGCAGCCUUUUGAAGAAGCUGAACAAGAUUUUCUCCUAA